AUGGCGCAAUCCGACGCCUCGCCCUCUCCUAGAGAUGCGACGGGUGUCUCGAAGGACUAUCCAAAGGAUGUGUUGCUUCGGACUGUCGGUGCAUCCAUGCCCGAACUGGACGCUGCUGAGGAGGCGAUCCACAGUCCCAUGGAGAAGUGCCGAAAGCGGCUCCGCGAGAAGAGGAGGCGAAUCGAAGCUUCCCUGCAAAAGGCAGUAGCUGAGAACGAGCGCAGCCGCCGCGAGCGCGAGGCUGCCCAUGAGCAGCGGUUGCGGCGCAUCGCCGCGGACAACGCUCGGCGCCGCCACGAGGAGGAGCUGGUGCUCCAAAAGGCUGCCCGCAGAGAAGUUUCAUUCCUGAAGAGCUUGGGGAUGUUGCCUCCACCGAAAACUCGGAUCCGGAGGACACGAAAGGCGGCUGAGGCCUACGCGACGGAUGCUGCCGCCUAUCUGGUGCAGCUGCCGCAGGAGGAUCCUACCGCCCACAUUGCGGACGCGGGCAUCUGGCACGCAGAGCAACAUGGGCCACCGGGCUGCCAGAACUUCUCCGGACUCUACCAGCAAAGUGGCUGGUUUCUGCCGACUCUGUUGGUGGUGGUCUGCGUGCUCUCCAGCAUCCUCAGUGGUGCGCUUCUUCUGGCUGCCAUCCGCGCCUACCCGGACAACCAGGACUUCGACGUGCGCGUCGAGUAUGGGACGCUGUGCCGCCACUACUUCCCCCGCGGAGUGUCAAUGGCUUUUCAAUGCCUUUUCCAGCUGGCCAUGUUGACGGCCAACGUCAGCAACAUCAUCCAGACGGCCCAGGUCGCCGACUACUUCUUGGUCGAUCUGUUUGGAAAAUCAUGCGCCGUAGAGUUAUGGCCUGAGAUAGAGUGGCUUUGCGAGGUGUCGCAUUCUGACAUAACUCCCUUUGGAACAGGGAAGCUUCUGAUCUCUGCCGGGAUGGCCAUUGUUGCUGCCUUCAGCGUCCCACUCGGCUACUGGAACCUGGAGGAAAAUGUGCGUGCCCAAAAUGUGGCCCUUGUUGUUAUUGUGCUGAGCAUUUCUUUGUGGGUGGCGAUCUUCUGUGCCCUGGGCCUGGAGGAAGAUCGCGUGCCAGCCAUCGGCUCGUCCUUCGACAAUCUUGGCGGAACGGUUCUUUUCAACUUCAUGUACGUCUCCACUUUGCCUUCCUGGGUGUGCGAGAAGAAACCGAGUGUGAAGCCAAUGAGGACGAUCCUCGCGGCGCUGCUGAUUGCCACUGUUGGGUACAUCCUGGUCGGUGCUCUUGGGGGGAUGGCAUUCGAACCGUACUUCGACACAGACAACACCUUGCUUUCAGAACUUCAGCACAUCUCGGAGGAGGCCCCGGCUGUGGUGCGAACAACUGCAAGAUGGACCAUCCAGGCCUAUGCGAUCUCGGCAAACCUGGCAUCCGUCCCCAUCUUCUGCAUCCUCAUGCGCUACAACCUGCAGGAAGGUGUCUCGCUUAGAUUCCCAGCCUACGCACCUCCCUUCGUCAUUCCAGGCACAGACACACCUAGUGCCUAA